GCAGCUUACAAAGGUUAAAAAGAAUGGAGAAAGUAUAAAGGGAAUGAAGUUAAUUGUCAUUUCUUUUCUUUCAUUGCUCACAUUCAACCUCUAGUAUGUCCAACAAAUCCACUGCAUCAGUUCCCAGCGAUCGCCUUGCCCAGAUCAAGGCUCACAUUGCCCUUGACAAGCCUUCUAUGGCUGGCAAGGUCUGCAUCAUCACAGGAGCGAGCUCCCUCUAUGGUAUUGGGCGUGCUUCUGCCCUUGCUAUGGCCAAGCAGUCUCCCACAGCCAUAUAUGUAACAGAUCUGUCUACCGACAACCUGGAGGAACUUGCUGACACCGUCCAGAAACAAUACCCCUCAGUAAAGUGUUAUGCUCGCAAGAUUGACGCUUCCUCAGAUGAAGAUGUUCGUUCUAUCAUCAACGAGGCAAUGACUACAUUUGGUCGAUUGGACGUAUUCUUUGCCAACGCUGGCAUUGCUUCCGGAACUCACAUCAAAGAUGAAACCGCCGAGAGCUUCAUGCGAAUGAUGAAGAUUAAUGCUUUAAGUGUUUUCCUCGCCAUCAAGCAUGCUGGUCAAGCGAUGCAGGUAACUGGUAAGGGUGGAAAGGAGCAUUCAGGAGGAUCAAUCAUUGGAACUGCUUCAGUUGCUGGUAUUCGAUCUGGUGCUGGAUCUAGCGAAUAUUCCGCAUCAAAGGCAGCUGUCAUCAAUCUUGCACAGACAGCCGCUUACCAAUAUGGCCGUACUAAUGUUAGAGUGAACGCCAUCUGCCCAGGUUUGAUCGAGACUGGAAUGACAAAGCAAACAUUCGACUAUGCAAGAUCUAGAGGAAACGAACAUAAGAUUGGUCAAUUGAACCCACUCGCUCGCUACGGCAUUGCUGGAGAAAUUGCUAGCGUUGUUGCAUUCCUUGCUAGUGACGAUGCCUCUUAUGUGAACGGACAAUCUUGGGCUGUUGAUGGAGGUCUUUCCUCAAGCCACCCUAUCGUGCCUGGCAAGUUCCACUAAAUGCCUAUGAUCGGCAUUAGGAUUCGAGCAGUGAGCGCAAUGGCAUUGUUAAUGCUGUAGAUGCUACGCACACCAUGUAAAUUUGACCAUAUCACCUAUGGGUAAUAUGUAACAACAGAAUAUAAAACACUUCAGCUUUUGUCACU